UUCACACUCGUUUCGUCAAAGGCUUCCCUCCUUUUUUUGGUCUCAAAUUUUUUUUUGUCUAUGCAAAGAAAUGUGUUUUAAGUCAGUCAAGACUUUUCGUUAGUACAUGCGAUACUGUUAGAAACUGUUUGGCUCCUGCUUCAAAAUUCCACGUUAAUUGCACGGAGCAACCGGCUGCAUUGGCAACUACCCACAACCACCCACAAUUCAAACACCCUUUUCGGGAGAAGGGGCAAGGUCGCUGGACACGGCCGCUCCCAGGACACGGCCACUACUGUUAGGGAUACGCAGAGCAGGACGUACAUUCAUCCACGGAGCUAGCGGAGGAGAUUAGGAGCAGCAGCCAGCAGUAUGACCACGCAGAGCACCACGCCGGUAGGAUUCGCGGGGACCCGAAACCGCUACUACAACCCCGUCUCAAAGAUCCAGUCGCUCAUCCACAACCUGGACGCGGAGCUCGUCCAGCUGUGCAAGCAGUGCUCCGUGCAGAAGCCGCUGACCAGUCUCAAUCACAACACCAGCCUUGGCAGCCACUUCUCGAAUUACGGAGCACUGGGUGGUGGUGGUGGUGGCUCGACAUCCAUGGGCGGCAGCAGCGUGGGUGGCCGUCACUACAGUCCCGAGAGCAUUGGCAAUCUUUUAGCCCGUGCACGGGGCGCCACUGUGUUGACCAGGUCCACGCCCAGCUCGCCCACGGCGCCGGAAGCCCAAAAGCGUCAGAUGCGCAAUGUCUACCGCACCCGUGUGAUCGACGCGUACCGUAAUCGGCGUAUCUUCACCGUAUACGGGAACUACCACACGGUUAGACGGGCUCUGAUGCGGAGGGGCUGGCUGGAGAAGCUUCCGGCCUCGCGGCACGCCAAGCUGCAGAGCAUGUCCGAGGAUUCCCUGCUGGAGCACGCCCGGCGUGGCAACGACUACGAGGCGGUGGUCAUCUCCAAGAUGAUCAACCACUUUCCGGCCUUCUUCAUCUGGCAGGGCAAGGGGCAGCGCGACCUUUGCGCCGAGGUCAGACCCUUCCGGAAUCGGGUGCGUCGCAGCCAGUUCCUGGACUUCUCCACCAAGGUGGGUCUGGUGGGCUGCGCGGAGCAGGAGCGCUGGUACCGCGAGGACGGCGUUUGCGGAAUGAGCUAUCCACGCUUCUACCGCCUGGGCGGCAACAACCUGGAGGAGCGCAUGGCCUUCAUAGAGGACUACCAGCAGACGCAGGCACGCUCCCUGCUGCUCUACGUGAGGGAGCACCAGCCGGCGGAGUUGAUCAGCGAGAACGGCACUAUAUUCAGCACCACUCUGGACUUUGCACUCGGCAAGGUUAAGAAGAUGGUGCGCCAGGCGGAGCACUACUCUCUGGACGAUGCUCGCAUCAAGCCGCCCACUCCGGCGGAGAUCGUUGAGAAUCAGACCUUCAUGGUGCAGUCCACCGAUGUGCUCAAGUCCAACGCCAAGUUCAAGGUCAACGAGAAGGUGAUGACCGAGUACGCCCGUCUGGCGGGGCUGUAUCUCGACCAGAUUGGUUCCCUACGUCCGGACUACCGCUGGGAUGGCAGUCGCAAUCUGUGGAUUCUCAAGCCCGGAUACCAGUCGCGCGGCAUAGGCAUUGUAAUCCGCAGCUCCCUGGACGACAUCCUGCAGUGGACUUCAAACAAUCAGAACAAGAAGUACAUCGUUCAAAAGUACAUAGAGCGACCCCUGCUGAUCUACCGCACCAAGUUCGACAUCCGGCAGUACAUGCUGCUGGCCAUUACGGACACCAAGGUGAGCAUCUGGACGUACCGCGACUGCUACCUGCGCUUCAGCUCGCAGGAGUUCACCAUGGACGACCUGCGGGAGUCCAUCCACCUGACCAACAACUCGGUGCAGAAGCGGUACAAGAACAAGAGCAACCGGGACUCGCGGCUGCCCAAGAACAACAUGUGGUCGCUGGACCAGUUCAAGAGCUAUCUACGCCUGAUGGGUGCUCCGGACGGGUCGUGGGCGAAGACCUACAACGGAUUCAAGCAGAACCUGGUGGCCGUGGUGAUGGCCAGUCUGGACGAGACGGAGUUGUUGCAGAACGCCUUCGAGCUGUACGGUUGCGAUUUCAUGCUCGACGAGCACUACAAUCCCAUACUGAUCGAGAUCAACUCGACGCCGGAUCUGUCGCCAUCCACGGAGAUCACGGCCAGGAUAUGCCCGAUGGUUCUGAAGGACUGCAUCCGCGUGGUGGUGGAUCUGCCGAAGAACCCCACCGCUGCCACCGGACUCUUCGAGCUCGCCUUCGAGGUGAACUACAGCAUCAACAAGGGAGCUGAUGGCAAGCCGCUGGAACUGAACGGCAAGCAGAUGACCCUGUUCGAGAAUAUGCCCAGGAUCCGGAACAGUCCCAGGACACGGCUUCUGCGCAAGAUUCUGAACAACGUGAAGACCUCAACCACCAGGAAGGCCGAGAAGGCCAUAGAGGCUACAGCUAAAGCUGCGAAGGUUCCCACUCCCAAGAUCACCAAGAAGAAGAAACUGGCUGCGUCUGUUGGAAGCUCGAGUGCAGCCUCGAUGCAGCCAUCGUCGAAUAACUCGGCACCCAAGUUGACAUUAAAUCCAACAGCUCGCGAGAAUCUGGCACUACAAUAUACUGCUCCAAAGUAACCUGUCCUCGAUGAGGUUAACUAGCCAUGAUUAUAUCAAUUGAACUUCCUUUUGUGCGAAAUGGAGAACAAUUUUUUGGGCAAACCAAUGACAGUUGGCACAAAAAAUAUACACAGAAUGUACAGAACUGUAUUAGUAACGAAUAUGUGUAAGGAAAUAAAGUCCAGCUGGAUUGGUUUGCAUCUCAAGUAAAAAGAAAGAAAUCCGCUUUAGCAAAACUAAAAAGACUCCAAGUUCAAGCCAAAAGAUCCGAGGAUUAGUGUCCUUGCCGCCAGUGGAACUCAAUCUGGACCAUUCAUUCCCAAAUCGAUUUAAAUUUAUUGAAUAGAUAUAACAUUAAUAGAAUACAAUAACACUCGCAGAUUUUUAUAACGAUUUUUUCAAUAAAUUCGUCUGAAAAACAAUU